AUGAUUAAAUACCUAAUUUUAGGUGCCGAUAACCGAUGGAACUCCGUAAAGGAGUGGAUUUGGGCUGCCAACGGCAAGCUAGGUACAAAAUUACUUAAGAUUUUGCGUCGGCUUCAGGGUGAGCUUACAAACCAUUAUUUGUUCGCCGUAUACACGGACUCUAUGAGCUACUUCCGACCAAGUCUCGAGCCUGGGUGGGGCCAGGUCCCACAUUUUGCUUGCAUGUGGCUCUAUGUUGAGCUAGGCGACCCUGUCUCUCCACUUGGGUAG